UGAGGCGCCUAGAUGCAAAACCAGAUAUUUCCAAUUUUCAAAUUUUUGCGGGAAAUGUAUCGAUAUUUUAAAUGUGACAAUACCGCAUCGAUUGCAAGUCUAACCAACAUUUAAAGUAAGAUAUUUUCUAUACUAAACCAUGAUCAAAUAUUUGGCCGAAGUUCAAAACAAGUUAUAUCCAAUCAUAUAAAACAUGCAAAUGCAGAUAUAUCCAGUAACGUACAAAAUCAGAUAUUGUCCAUAUGGUCUUCAUGCGGAAUAUUUCGAAACAAUCAUAAGCAGUUAUAUCCAGUUUGCGGUCACGUCGUUGCUGGUUAAAUCAAUAUUAUUAGUUUUAUUGUAAACAGUGUGGGGAGAGGAUCGCUGAGGCGUUUUGUUGUUGAUUAUUCAAAGUGUUUUUAUGGUUUUUGUAACUGUAAAGUUGUGAAUAUGAGUGCCCCAACUGAAAGAACCCCCGAUUUAGCCAGAAAAAAAGUUGGAAAUACAAAAUUAUGGAAAAGUAAUCUUGCAUCAGAGAAAAGGUAAUUUGUUUAUUUUCCCGCGUAAAGUUUUUAGGUUACAAAAUGACUCGUAUUUUAGAUAUGCAGCUAAGAAACCACCGAGUUUUCCCGUAUGUCAACAUGAUACGAAAAGUUUUAAAUGCUCUUCCUUAUCUAAUCUUGACCUAACCCAUUUUCAUGCAAAAUUUUAUAAGUCUCGCAACAAGAAGGAUCAAGAUGCAUAUAUCAUAAAAUACUGCACCAUAAGGGUUCCCAAAAGAAGGCGUCCAUCGAAAAAUAGGCGAGAUAGGAAUACAUCUAUCCACUACUUUAUUCCAAAGCAUAAAACAAAGGAUUUAAUUCCAGUUUGCAAGAAUACCAUCCUGAGGGCACUAAAUUUAAGUCAUAACAGAGUCAUUGGCGUGCUAAAACGUUUUCAUGCAACUGGGACUAUGCCUGUGGAAAAUCGCGGUGGUGACAGGGUGAAAAACAAAAAUUUACAUAAAAAAAAAUAAAAUUAUAGACUUUAUUAAGACCUUUUCUAUAAUCGAGAGCCAUUAUUGUCGAGGUCAUAGUUCCAGAGAAUAUCUUUCAAGCAAUUUAAGCAUUAAUAAAAUGUGGAAAAUGUUUAAUACGAAAUUUCCUGAGUAUGCAGUGAAAGAAAGUUUCUUUAGAGCAUUGUUUAAUACAAAAUUUAAUUUAGUAUUCAAUGCUCUCCAAACUGACGUAUGUUCAAGAUGUUUAGAACUUAAAUCUAGAAUUAAAAACACAAGAGAUUUAAAUCAGAAACAGGAAUUAAUGACGGAAAGUAGAAUCCAUAAGCUAAAAGCAAAAGCUUUUUUUGACCUGCUGAAAGAAGAGAAGGCUGAGAUGCUAACCAUGUCAUACGACUGUCAAAAAAAUCUAGUGGUACCCAAGAUUCCUGACCAGCAGGCUAAUUACAAACGCCACUUUUACAUGUAUAACUUCGCAAUCGUCGUUGGAACUUCUAAAUCUUUGUUAAAGAAAGACAAUGUUUUUUGUUACACAUGGAAAGAAACUGACAAAGGAAAAGGUUCAAACGAAAUUGCCUCUGCAAUUUUUGAUAGACUUCAGAAACUUAACUUAGAUAACGUAACAGAUCUAAGGCUUUGCUCCUAUGGAUGUAGGGGGCAAAAUAAAAACCUUACAAUGAUCACAAUGGUAUGUACGUGGCUCCAGCGUGCACCUACGCACGUGAAAUCUAUUGAAUUGGUAUUUCCAGUCACUGGUCAUUCAUAUAUUCCACCGGAUAGGGUAUUCGCUAAUAUCGAGAAAAAAAUUCGCAAAAAGGAUACCAUAAUAAAUCCUCAAGAAUACUUGGAUUUAUUUAGCGAAUCCGGAAGUGUUCAAGUACUUGGCGUUAAUUGGAAAGUCUACGACUGGCAAGAACAAGUCAAAGCACAUGUGCGUGCUACUUCAUCGUUACCCUUUAAAAUUAAUUCUUGCAAACGUGUAAUUAUCACAAAAAAUACUAAAGGCAAUGUCAUUGUUCAAGGCGAGCCAUUUUACAAGCAUCUUAUAGGCACCGCUCAAGGUAUCUGUAAAAAAGGAAAAACAUUCUAUGACAUUAAUCCUGAUGAAAUGAGUACUGGUAAUCGCAACAUCAAGCCGGAAAAGAUCAAAAACGUGGAUGAGCUCUUGACAGGCCAUUUUGGUUCUACCUGGAAAGAGGAAGCUGAAAAUUUACGACUUCAGUAUUAUCGAGAUGUAUUAUGCGAUGAAAAUCGUGGCAAUGAAGAAGUAGAAGAUAUUCCUUUGUGAGCCUCAAGAAGAUGACAAUAAAUUUUUAUAACUACUUUUCUUAUUUAAGUUAUAAUUAAUUUGUUAAUAAAGUUCUUAAAAUCCUUCACUUAUUAUUGCAAAGUACCUAUUACGAUAGGUCUCUUUAAGAGUAACGCUAUAAUAAGAAACUGUAAGUCGAGCGAACUUCAAAAUAAGAUAUUUUUCAUUCCAACUUUCAAAACCAGAUAUUUUCAUUUUAUUUUUCGGGUUAAUAUCUUUAAACUUCGAUAAAAAUCUACGGUUUUCAAUAAAAUAUUGACAAAAAUCAUAUUUUAACCCCCUACAUUAAAAAUUCAUGAAGAAACCGAAAAUUGUAAAAUUACAGUUUUUUGCGAUUUUCUCAGUUUCACUUAUGAUGGAUAUAUCUGGUUUUGCAUCUAGGCGCCU